AUGCGCUCUUCAGAGGCUCAAAAGCCAAUCACUCCCGCCAAAAGGCGUGGAAUAAUUCAGCCCAUGCAGUGCUUCAUGAGCAGGCCAUGUUGGCUUGGUUGGUUGGUUGCAAUGUCUUCAUGCUGGCGAAGCCGAGCCCAAUAUGGCGCAUGGCAAAGCAUGGACACCUCAGGGGGCUCUACCCCAGCAGCUCGAUAUCUUCACGCUGCAGUCUUUGAGGACAGGGACAAAACCAUGCUGGUCUUCGGAGGUCGAGACACUCCAACUUCAACACCAGCUCUGGAGGUUUGGCAGUACUACCGCGUCAACAAUGCGUGGCAGACGAAAUGGACAGACCAAGGAGGCAGCGGGACGGUGCCUCCGGCGCUGUAUAUGCACGCUGCGGUCUACGUGAACAAUCUGGUCUUCUUCAUCGGUGGGCUGGAGGAGGCUGGCUUCUUCGCUCAGCUCUGGAGCUUCAGCGUGCUGAACAACGAGUGGGCGGACUUGACAGACACUAACACCCCCAUCAUGCGGGGCCACUCCGCGGUGUGGGAUCCGGACAAUACCGCCGUCCUAAUUUUCGGAGGUUAUCACUCAAUAGAAGCAGUCGUCUCAUUGACCAACACGAUCUCGUACUACCAGGAUUUUAGCGGAUCAUACUAUUGGAUCAGUCCAGAGCAACCAUCCUCCAGUCCUUCCGCGCGGUCGCGACAUGUGGCUGUGUACGAUGAUGCCCAUGGAGUGAUGCUUGUGCAUGGCGGCGAAGAUGACGCCGGAAAUUACUUUAGUGAUACGUGGGAGUACCACUUUUCAGGCAACUAUUGGAUCGAGGAAACUCGCCCAUCUGAAGUCCCUCAGGCCCGUGCGCGGCACACGGCCGUUUUCGAUGGCUACUGCAUGCUGAUCACCGGCGGAGUUUCUGCUGCUGGAAAAUUGGAGGAUCUAUGGCAAUACUGUCAAUCAGACGGCAGCUGGUUAUAUUUGCAGGCGGAUCCGGGCUGGGACCGGCCCUCGGGGCGCACCGGCUCGGCAGCGGUGUGGGAUCCCUACGGCUACAUGUUGGUCUUGUUUGGAGGCCAUAGCAAUGUGGCAGUCCUCCAG